ACAAGGAGAACAAGAAGACCAAUCAAAAUGAUUCUGGACUAGAUGGGCCGUGUGAAUCUAUGAUAGAAAAAGAAUAAUUUGUGUCCAGUGUGUUUUCCAGUUAAAAGAUGUUUUAACAUCCUGCUCAGGGAACCUAUGAAUGCUACUCCAAAAAUCCUAAGCCUUCUCUUUAAACCCUGAAUUCUAACUUCCGUUGGAACAGCUUGUAUUUACAUUGGAUUCUGCUUAGUAGUCGAAAAAGCAUUACUGAUCUCUGUGUCCAAAUCUUCUUGUUUUAGGUGAACAUUGAGGAUGUAUCUGUACAUUUUAGCAAGGAGGAAUGGACCCUGCUAGAUCGGCAUCAACGGGCCCUGCACUGGGAGGUCAUGGGAGAGAAUUAUAAGAUGUUGGCCUCUUUUGGUGGUGUUGGGGCGUGGAGUGAAAAUGAGGGAAUACCAUAUAAAGUGUGGCUGAAAACAGGAAAAUAUCGAGAUAAACAGGAAGAGGGAAGCCAGGAACUGGAAGCAGAAGAAUACAGAAGGAUGCAAUGUGCUGCCGACACCAGAGAAAUCCAAAUCCAAGAAACAGUAAACGAAAGCAAGGAGAUCAGGAACAGCCUUGUCUAUGAGAAUGGCUUCUUCCGUGAGGCUAAUAUCACAGACCAAAUAGAGAAAGCACAACCUGAGUGUCAUCAAUUGGAAGAAAGCUAUGGAUCUAGUACACACCUUACAAACUGUGAAAAUCCACCAAUUGUGAACAAGACGUAUAAAUGCCUGGAUUGUGGGAAAUGCCUUUCUCGAAAAGGAAGCCUAAAUAGACACCGAAUUUCCCACACAGGAGCGAAGCCAUAUAAAUGCCUGGAGUGUGGGAAAGGCUUUGUCGACAAGAGAAGCUUCAUUGGGCAUGAAAUGAACCACCGAGGAGAUAAUCCCUACAAGUGCCCAGAGUGUGGCAAAGGUUUCAUCCACAAGAGAAGCCUCUUCCAGCAUGAAAUGAACCACAGAGGAGAGAAACCGUAUAGCUGCCUAAAGUGUGAGAAGAGCUUUAGCCGCAAAGCAGUCCUCAAAAGACACCAGGAUAGGCAUAUGGAAGAAAAAUCACACACAUGCCUGGAAUGUGGGAAGAGUUUCCAGUGGAGAGUGAACCUCAAGACACAUGAAAAAACCCACAUAGGAGAGAGGCUGCCAAGCAGACCUCAAGGCUCAUUAACAAGCCCACAUGGGAGAGAAGCCAUGUAAACGCCUGGAGUGUGAAAAAGGCUUUGCCGAAAAGAGAACAUACGAGGGUUGAAUGAAAAGUAAUGCCUCCAGUUUUCUGAAGCCGUCACGGAAGAAGUCGACACUCUGUUUCCGCAACCGACGUCUCACAAGACCCAUCGUGCACAGAUCUUCCAACA